CGAGGGACAUGAUUGUUUCGUUCAAAGAGGAGGGUUAAGCUCGGGAAAGCCUCCCCCCCCCCCACAAGAGCAGCACAAGCCAGGGUUGGGGUGCAUACGUCACAGCUCAAGUCCGAAAAGCUUCCUUGUAGCUCCAAGCUUCCUCGCCGGCGGUUUCCAACCCAAAUUGAGCCAGGAACGCUGGAAUCUCCUCGCAAUCCCAUGAACGCGAUCCUCAGAAGAACAAGCAUGUCGAGAUUCACAAUCGCCAACCUCCCGCGCAUGGAGGUGACGGCGCUGUCACAAGAGCUGCUCGCGGCCAAGUCGCCAGACAACUCGCUCGCCGUGAUCGACGUCCGCGAUGGAGACCACAUCGGCGGGCACAUCAAGGGCUCCCGCUGGGUGCCCUCGCACCAGCUGGACGAGUGGAUGCCCACCCUCCUGCGCCAGCUCGAGAACACAGAGACCGUCGUCUUCCACUGCGCCCUGUCGAAACAGCGCGGCCCCAGCGCCGCCCUGAGGUACAUCAGAGAGCGUGAGGCCAAGUUCGGCGAGGCCUCCAUCGCUGCGCCUGACGGCACGGCGACGGCGUCGGCAGCAGCACCACCACCACAGGACGAGGAACAAACACAAGAAGGGGACGGUGCUAAGAAAGCUACGAAGCCUGUCGCGCAGAAGGUGUGCGUGCUCAGGGGCGGCUUUCAGAGGUGGCAAGAAUCCCACGGUCCCGACGAGCGUCUGACGGAGGCGUACGUCAAGGACCUAUGGGAGGACUACUAGGACAAGCGAGGACGAAGAAGAAGGGAGGCAGACAACAAGAUUCCGAACUGCUAAGGCCUUGUCACGCCUCAAUGAGUCCAGCUUCUUGUCGACCCCGCCACAUGCCACGCGCAGUCACGGAUGCAUGGGAGGCUGGAAUUUGGUCAUCAUUCAACAGGCGCCUUGUAUUUAUGGAUGCCUGUCCUAUCCCGAUACAGAAAGGAAGUCUAGCGCAACCCUCCCAAACCCGACGUUGCUGUUGAUUACAACUUUUUUUUUCUGGAAGUAGGUGUUUUGCCAUGUGUUUUUUUUGAGUUGUCUUGUUGUUCGGUCCCGAGAAGAAACGGCGUUAUUUCUACCUGCCGACGCCGAUUUAGGUACCUUUCCCAUGUAUUCUGGAAUUGCUGACGGAGGAGGCGGCGGUAAGUUUGCGGCAACGCCGAUGUUUAUGGUGUUGGUGUUGGUGUUGGUGGCGGGGGUGGUGGUGGUGGUGGCGACGGAGGCGGUUUCAGUCGUCCUGUUUUGCCGACCCGAUCCCUCAGUUCCACGGCUGUACACAUGAAAGUGCUCUUCACAAUUUGCUUUGGUCCUCGGCUAGCUGCAGCCUGCCCUGAGCAGGCACGGCCAUCGAUUGCGGUUUCAGCUGCGCUCCUACAUGAGGCACGUGGCCCGGGGCGCCACCUCAUGGGAGGCGCCAGGCCCCACUGUUACCUGAUCAGGAGCAUCACCUCAUCGCGGUCGUCUUCUUCCAGGGGGGCUCGGAAACCCUGGCUGUACAGCUCCGGGCGCGGGAUGAUGUCCGCCAGGCCAAAGUCUGCCGAUGGCGUCAUGAGUGUGUUCGACGUGAAGUCGCGGGAGCUGAAGUAGGCGACGAGGUGGUGCGUGAUACCGCGGACGGUCACGCUGAUGGUUUUCCGGCACAAUCUCCCGGAACUGCUGUGGUUUCCUAUCGCGCAAGGGCAAAGAUCAGCAUAUGGACCGUGUGAAACGGUGUGGAAAGGGGAUGCUGGAGAAAGUGAUGGGCAGCUUGUACCUACCAUUGGACCUGCUUCGACCCGACGAAGACGACAGCUGCCGGCAAAUCUCAAAGUUCCCAACCCUCUGGGGCGUCGACCAUGUUAUGCCGUCCUCCCAACUCCUGAUGCCCGACGACCCCCUCUCAUACACGAAGAUAUUCCCGCUCUUCGCAAGGGAUGACUCCUCGGAUGACCUCGGGCGGCGGCAGGUGUGGUACAGUACGCCCCGUAGGCAGGCUUCGAUCACGAUCAAGGCGUCCUGGGUGGAGGCGACGUGACCCCGAUAUGUUGCGGCGAUGACGGAGUCUGGCAUCGGAGCCUCAGGGGGGCCGGCCAGGUCGAUAGGGAUCUGGCGGGCGGUGCGGGAGGGUCUUGGGCGUGUUGGAGGAGCCGUUGUGCUGAUGUUGUCGUUGGUGAUGACGGUGAAGGUGGUGUUGGCGGGGUGAGUGUAGCUGCUGUAGAUGUCCGGGUGCUUCUGACAUGCUCGAACCACCAUCGAGACGAGGGAUGCCGCUGUUCUUAACGACACCGGAGCAUUCGUGAUGCUUGCAAGCUGUCGAGCAUGGGGGCGGACUCGCAGAGAGUCCAGUGUUCCUCUUAGAUGUGUCUUGGCAGGCCUGUCUGGCUGUCUUACAUACACCUGAUGUCCCGCCGGCCUGCGACACAACGGCAGGGGCGGGGAGCUCUUUUAUCGCAUGUGAGCCAUGCCAUGCCUCUCAAGGGCCCCAAGAAGGACGAAUGAAGAUCAUUUCCGAUUAGGUUGGGAUAUGCUUGAAGCAUAUCCCACCAGGUGGAGCCCUCCACACAAGCGAUACUUCAGGCUCGAGCUGAGAGCUCCCAAGGGGCCCAAGACUUUUUUUCGUUGCUGUCUCCUUGCCCUGCCUCCCUGGCAGCAGCGGGCUGCGGGAAAACAAGGUUUCCAAGAACAAGGUUGUCACAGCUCGCUCCGGGCUUUACUCCCCAGCGCCCACCGGCUACCAACCGCUACCACCCUACCCACCCCGGCCGCCCGCCCUCGGAGAAGUCAGGGCUGGGGGUCCAGUGGAAUUGGGAGGGGGGGGGGUGGUGGUAAAAAUGCUGGUGGGAGUGGCCUGGUCCCACCAUCCCGGGCCAUGCCACGUGUGUGGCAGCGGCGGAAUCUUCGGGGGCGGUGAUCACUGCUGCUCGAGGACACGACGUUGUGCGCGCCCUGUCACGCUGAACAUGUUGUGCAGCAAGUUGAAACAGUCACUCAGGCUCGCCAUGGUUAGGCCAAGGUUUCCCCGAAGCUGCCCGAUCUGAUGUCUGCCGGGAGUGGCUUCGCUCGGAUCGCCAGGGGGCAAGGCAAGCGACUUCAGGAGGGGAUGCAGAAUGCAGAGUACAGUGCCAUGAAUAUACACAGCCGAUGAACAAGCGAUGGCCGGGGCAGCGCGCCUAAAGCCAGAGAGCCACUAUCCGAGCCACCACGAGCCACAGCAAUUAUCUCGCUGGGUUGCGUGCCAAGACGAGGGCAAGGAGAUGUGAAAUGAAGGAGAGACGACCGCCAAGAAAACCUCCACAGGCCCAACUUUAGUGCUGCGGCGACCAGGCACGGCCUCGCGGCGGAGAGGGGCGGGGCCUGGUGCAGGUCGAGGUAGGGAGGCUUGGGAGGGAGGGUGUGAGCAGGCCGGCCGGUUGGUUGACUGAUUGAUUUGCGAGACUGACUAACCGAGUGGCAGGCUGGGUGGCACACUGGCUGACUGAGUGGGUUGAUUGACAGGACUGAUUGACAGAUUGACAGGCCUGCAGGACAUGCCUGCUCGUGGGGACUCACUCACUGACAGACGCCCAAAACAUCGACAGAAUUUCAGUGGCUCUGUCUGUGGUUGGUCGCCUGUGGCCGGGCUGGCGGGCUGAACUUUCAGGCGGGUCGCAUCACGCACGAGGGCGAGGGCUCUGUGCAGGCGCUGUAUCGUUGCAGCAUACAAUUACACACGUUGUGUGUGUGUGUGUGUGCGAGUGUGUGUGGUAUCAGUUGUCAGGGUAUCUACAAUCUAUGUACGGAUGGAGACGCACACAUGGUCCCACCGGCCUGCGGCGCUCGCGGGUAAUGCUCAGCCGUCCGACCCCGUCCGGGCGCCAGUGGGAGGAAGGGAAAGGGGG